GGUUAUCGGCUAUGCUUUUGCAUUUUACCGGCAAUUGCAAAACUUCUUGCCCUAUAAAAGCGAGAGAAUCGCGCGUACGCUACCAGUUUCGCGACAGGGGCCACGCUACGAUGAAUGCCCUUACUGUAUUGCUGCUGUGCGUAGCGGCCGCAUGUGCGGUGCCAGUGCACUUCCCUGCUGAGAAAACGGUGAUCUACAAUUACUAUGCCGAUGUUAAAGCCGGGAUUAUCCAGCCAACGCAAUACGCUUCCCAGUUCGCUCUCGUCGGACAACUUCACAUAAAGAAGGACAUCAGUGAUCCGACUUUAAACAAUGCCUACUACGUUAAAUUGAACAAUAUAAAGUAUGGCAUGUACAAUGGUAUACUCGUAGAUCAUGAGCCGGUUGAGGUGGUUCACGAGCUCGGAGAAGCCACACAGCAAAUUCAAGAGCCAUUCGUGAUUGUCUAUGACGAUCAUGGCAAAUUCCAAGGCAUCAAAAUGCUGGAAAGCGAGAGCGUUUGGUCGAAGAAUAUGAAACAGGGUAUCGCCUCGAUGCUGCAACUGGAUUUAGCGCACAUCCAACUGCAAACCCCGAUAAAGCCGCAUAGUUUCAUCACGCAUGAGAACACCAUUCACGGUACCUGUCAAGUCGCUUAUGAUGUUCACUCGGCGAACCCGAUGAAUCCGGAAACUACUAACUUUGUGGUCACGAAGCUACACGACCUGAGGAACUGCAGCCACUUUGUUCAGCGUGUCUUUGAUCACGUCGAAUGCGAAAAAUGUCACGUGGAAUCUAUGAAUGAUAUAACCACAGAUGCCAGAAGAAUUUUCCAGGUCGAACGGCAAAACAAUGACAUUCUCAUCAAGCACAUGGUUGCUCAUUCAGUUAUCAAUUACUUUCCUUUCAAUGCUCAAUCCGAAGCUCACUAUCUCUUAACCAACAUUACUCUAGAUCUGCAUUCCGUGGUGCCAUUGAUGGAAACACCUGUGUCGAGCAUAAAUUUCCAAAGUGUGCCUAUAAUUCGCGAUAUCACUUUCAACAAACCUAUGGGAAAUUACGCUCUCCAUGCCGCCGAAGAUCUUACUCAUGGUCGACAUAUUGUCAAAUUAGAUGCGCUCAUUCCCAAACUUAAGAAAAUGUUAGUUGAAGCCGCUGAUUAUCUUGAGGAGAAUCAUCUGGAGGCCAAAGAACCCGAAUGGAAGCAUGGACAAACUAUAAACAGGCUACAGCAUACCAUGAGUUACAUGGAUCUAGGUUCACUGGAACAAGUUUACAACGCCAUUCAAGAUCCAAAGACACCGAAAGAAGUCACGAUGACGAACAUUUUCCUGCGAAUGGUUCCAACUGUGGGCACGACCGCUGCCUGCCACUUCACGCGUAAUGUCAUCCGCAAGCACAAAGUGACCGAUGCGACCGCCGUCGCAAUGUUGGUUAAAUUACCAAUGCAUGUGAAAGUACCAUCCGAGAGAUUGCUUUUGGAAAUGGAAGAGCUGUUGAAAUUGAGCAACAACGUGUCAUCCAAUGUCAGGAAAGCUAGCAUCCUCUGCUUCUCGAUUUUGAUUCGCAAAACAUUCAUGCAUCAGCAAAGCGAAAUCAUCAAUCCUCUUCUCGAGAGAUAUCUUCAUCGGUUUCUCGAUCAUAUCAAGAACGACCCAUCAUACGAGAUGAAAGUGGUGUAUCUAAUGGCGAUGAAGAACGUUCAAGUGGGCAACAUCGAGAAGCUUCUGGAGCCAAUUAUUCGCGGUGAAGUUAUGGUAUCCGAAAACCCGCAUCAUAUUCGCGUUCAAGCGAUCUGGGCGAUCAAGAAGGCGGUCGCCGAUAAAGUCGAAUAUACUCACAACCUGCUCUGGCCUAUUUUUGCUGAUGUUACUCAACCAUUACCCAUCAGACUCGUCGCUUACGACAUUUUGAUAAGCCAGCUGCCGAACAUGCAACGACUCAUGAACAUCUACUGGCUCAUGGUUAACGAACAGAAUGAUCAUCUGUACAAUUAUCAUUAUACUACUUUGAAAGGCCUCGCCAAUUCCGUGGAUCCUUGUCUUACGCCAGUUCGCGAAAUGGUCAGGAAAGUUUUGCGCUAUACAAAAAUCAGACCGGUCGCCAUUGAACUUUCGUCCAAACAUUUCGUCGAUUACAUAGAUCCUGUAUACGAACAUGGUGAAUCCUUCAACACUGCUUGGGUUCUUGAUGAAUUGACUGGAUUGCCGCACGCUGGAUACCUCGAACAUCGCGUAUCAGUAGCUCGUAAACCCGUCGAGAAAAUUGGCAUCUACUGGAAUGCUUAUGGUUUGGACGACAUUAUGAAGGUGGUCAAGAAAACAUUAGUGGGCACAACGGUGGAAAAUCUUAACAAUAAGAAUGUGCAGAACAUCUUAAUCCGCGCCGCUCAAGAUAUGCCGGUGAAGAAACCUGUUCACAUCGAUAUCUGCAUCACGCUGAACGGUCAUGUGAUUGUUGUCAAUCAUUACGAUCAGAAUACCUUCAAGAAUGUGGUCGAUGAUACGUUCCAGAUGAAGCAGACGAUGGUCAGUAAUUUCCAGGAGAUCAUAUACGACACUCUCUACGAGAUGCAGGUGCCUAUCGACAUGGGUUUACAAGGAGUUUUUACCACCAAGAUGCCUCAUUUGAUGUCGCUCAAGUUUAAUAAUGUUCAUACCGAAGUCAAGAAGCCGUCCAUCAACAUGAAAGCCGAGGUCGACGCUCGCAUCUGGAGGCACGGCGAAUACGUUAUGUCGAUCUACAAUCCUAUUGCUGACGUUUGGCAUUCGGUUCGCCGUGCUACCGUUCAGGACGUUGCUGUGCCCAUAGUAAUGAAUUUCGGUUAUAAUCACGAGACAAAGAGUCUCAAGGUCACCAUGCCGAGAUUACCGACCACCAAAGUGUCGCACACUGGUAUACGAUAUCACGCGAAAAAUCUGGUGACCAUUACUGAAGACGAGCAGGACAUUCUCAAGACCUGCUGCGCUACCUGCCAUCACCACACGGUUGUAAGCACUGGUGAAAAGAUAAACCAUCAUGUCGCUGUGGAUUCCAAGGACAUGGGCCUCAAAUAUAGUAUGUCGAUCUUUGAUUGCGAGAACAAGGUCACUUCGACGAGCAACGUCCAGGAAUGGCAUCGUGCGAUGUCUUCGGAACAUAAAAAUACUUGGGAUUCGAAGAUCGUUCAAUAUUUUAUGGGCAUUCGUCAAAAAUUGUUCAACGAUUACAUCUCACCGGCAGCGGGUAGUUGCGGAACGAUCAUCAAGAUGGAACCGAGUAUCGUUUAUCCUACGUCACAUGUUGAUCUGAAUGUAAGAAUCAACGUAGACGAUGUUGAUCAUCUUCACGAUAAGAUACAUAUUUUUAACAGCAAAAAGAUCAACGUACGCGGUACUCUCGACGCCAAGGCGGCUUCCACGAGCGAAUCUGUCCGUACGUGGGACGUAAACAUGAAUAUUGAUAUGUCACAAGGACAUACGGUUAACAACGUCAAGAUUCAAAUGACGAGAGAGACGCCAGGAGAAAAGAAACUGAAGGUCUGCGUAGAUGUUCAGAAGAGCUACCCGGUUACCGAAACGGAUCCCUUGAAACUCGACACUACAAAGGAAGAAACAAAUACGAAGAUGGCCAUCACCGCGGGAUUCACGGACGACGACAAAUGCGUCCGCGAUGAAAUGUCGAUCGUGAUAACUGUCAAGGGUGAAAUGACGGAGGAGCAGAAGAAGCAGAUGACGCACGACAGUGUGCACGGCUCCUGCAUCAAGGAUAUUCAAAAUCCGCAAUUCCAGACUCAACAGGGACACAUUCCAAAAACUAUGAAUUGCAUACGCGAGACUGUACAAUAUACGACUAUGAAGAAGUAUACCAUCAACACGUUGUACAAGAAGGUACCUAUAUCUGUGCUUUCGCAUCUCGCCCUGAUCGAAGACACCAUCCGUGCAUCACAUUUGUCACAUGUGAAAUACAUUACGGAUCGUGCUGAGAGCGGCAAUGUGAAGGUCGUCGUCGAGUUCUCCUCCGAUCUGAAUCAUGUGAAUGCAACUGUCGUCACUCCGGUCAACGGAUACGAAUACGUCCAAGUUCCUUUGCGCCAACAACUUUUCGAGGGCAUGACUGAGGGUGAGCCGCCGGUAGGGUGGCACUUUGUCAUGGACAAUACUCGUUUCUCCGUAGCAUCAUUGUACAAAAUGACGCAAGGCCAGUCCAAAAUCUGCACUGUCUACCCUCAAACUUUAGUCACCUUAGACGAGAGCGUGAUUCCAUUCGUGAUCAAUACAUGGACUCUUGUAUCCGGCGACUACAUCGACCAGACAUAUGCCGUUUUCGUGAAACCUGUGCAAAGUAACACGUUAGCCAUCAAGAUGUACAUUGCCGAUCACGAGGUAGUGAUCGUGCCGGACGAAUAUCAUGUUGUCGUUACGGUUGAUGGCAACGUGGUCGAACAACACGAGAAAGGUGUUGUGGUGCCGAAGGACGAGCCGAAUUCUUACGCAAUCAAACUCACCGAAAACAACGAGCAUCUCGUGAUCCAAUCUCAACGGGUGCCGAUAACGGUAAUGUGGACUCCCAGUAGCGUGACUCUGAUGUUGGAUACCGUUCUUCAAGGUCGCGUGACCGGCGUGUGUGGACAUAUGGACAAUAUGCAUAAAGAGAAACUUCCCAAAAUUUACACUGUCACGACUCUUUAAUUUAUAAUAUAACACGUUUGUAUCCACAUGUAAUUCUUUUGUUAUCAAAAAUUUAGUCAAAUAUUAUUUUAAUGUACUACCAUACAAAUCUAAAGCACAAAUUCUGUUUAAUAAAAAGAUAUGGUAAUAUGAUAGUGUAAAAAUAGACACAAACACACACACACACACGCACACACACACAUACACAUACGCGCGCACAUAUAUACACAGAAAGAGAAACAAUAAAAAUCUUUAUUUUAAUUUCA